AUGCACUCAGACGAGAGCAGCGGCGAGGCGCAGAAGAGCGGCCAGGCGGGCAGCUGCGGUGGGGGAAGUACCGCGCUGGCGCCCGGAGCCCGAGCAGUGAGCGCCCUGUGCCUGCUGCUUUCCGUGGGCUCAGCGGCGGCCUGCCUGCUGCUGGGCACCCAGGCUGCCGCGCUGCAGGGCCGGGUGGCCGUGCUCGAGGAGGAGCGGGAGCUGCUGCGGCAUGCGCGUCCGCCUGACACCCUGGCUGCCUGGGCAGAGCAGCACCUGGAGCGCCUGCUGCGUGAGAAAUUGGAUGGACUAGCCAAGCUGCGGACGGUUCGGGAAGCUCCAUCUGAGUGCAUCUGCCCCCCAGGUCCCCCUGGACGGCGUGGCAAGCCUGGACGAAGAGGCGAUCCUGGUCCUCCAGGGCAAUCAGGACGAGACGGCUACCCGGGGCCGUUGGGUCUGGAUGGCAAGCCUGGACUUCCAGGCCCCAAAGGGGAAAAGGGUUCACCAGGAGACUUUGGCCCCCGGGGAGACCAAGGGCAAGAUGGUGCUGAUGGGCCCCCAGGGCCUCCUGGGCCCCCUGGAGCCCGGGGCCCUCCUGGCGACACUGGAAAAGAUGGCCCCAGGGGAUCACAAGGCCCAGCGGGCCCCAAAGGAGAGUCCGGACAAGAAGGCGAGAUGGGCCCAAAAGGACCCCCAGGGCCCAAGGGUGAGCCCGGCAUUCCUGGAAAAAAGGGGGAUGAUGGGACACCAAGCCAGCCAGGGCCUCCCGGACCCCCAGGGUCCAAGGGCGAGCCAGGGAGCAUGGGGCCCCAAGGAAAGAAUGGCAUGGACGGCACCCCAGGCCCAAAGGGGGACCCUGGCCACCGAGGUGCAGAUGGAGCCACAGGGCCCCGGGGUCUGCCAGGCCUCAAGGGUGAGCAAGGAGACACGGUGGUCAUUGACUACGAUGGCAGGAUCUUGGAUGCCCUUAAGGGUCCUCCUGGGCCACAGGGGCCCCCAGGGCCACCAGGGAUCCCUGGAGCCAAGGGAGAGCUGGGACUGCCCGGUGCCCCUGGAAUCGAUGGAGAGAAGGGUCCCAAAGGACCAAAAGGAGAGCCCGGAGAGCCCGGGCUGACUGGACCCAAAGGGGAAGCAGGCGAGAUGGGCCUGUCCGGCCUCCCGGGCAUCGAUGGUCCCAAGGGGGAGAAGGGAGAGCCAGCACCUGACACCCUACAGGAGAGCCUGGCCCAGAUCAUAGUGGAGCCAGGGCCCCCUGGACCCCCUGGUCCCCCAGGUCCCAUGGGCCUUCAGGGAAUCCAGGGGCCCAAGGGCUUGGACGGAGCAAAAGGAGAGAAGGGCGCACUGGGCGAGAGAGGCCCCAGCGGCCUGCCUGGUCCAGUGGGCCCGCCCGGUCUCAUUGGGCUUCCAGGAACCAAAGGAGAGAAGGGCAGACCCGGGGAACCAGGACUGGAUGGUUUCCCUGGACCUCGAGGAGAGAAAGGUGACCGGAGCGAACGUGGAGAGAAGGGGGAGCGAGGGGUCCCUGGCCGGAAAGGAAUGAAAGGCCAGAAGGGGGAACCAGGACCACCAGGCCUGGACCAGCCAUGUCCUGUGGGCCCUGACGGGCUGCCAGUGCCCGGCUGCUGGCAUAAGUGUGCCCAGUUCAGCCACGGAAAGAUGAGCCUGUGCCGCUGGCAGGAGCAUGGACAGGAUGAUACAGGGGGAGCACCCCCCAGACGUGGCUUUCCCAGGAAGGAGACAACGGAGACGAGCCUGCACCCCGACACUCCAGAGCCCUGGUGCCCCACCCUGCCCACGAAGCCCAGGGCUUGA